AAAAAUACCCCCAUUUCUAUUUGACAUGCUGGUUAUGCUAGCUCUGAUGCUGACAAGAACUGCCAUGGCAAUGAUGAAUGAUUCCUGUCCUAUACCACAGCCAUCAAUUUGUUCACCACAUUUUAGCGAGUCAUUGCAGCUGCCAGAAUCACUUUCUCAUCUUCACUCAGAAUCAGCCACCACUGCAUCCUAUUAGUAACUCUGAAUCACCACAGCCACCAGAAGGGCCAGAACCACCUUCUCAUCUUCACUCAGAAACUUUGCAUUCCAUUCCUAACCUAGAAUUGUCCCAGCCACCAGAACCACCCUUUUCCUCUUCACCCAGAAUCAUUACAGCCACCACUGUGUACUGUUCCCGACAUAGAAUCACCACAGUCACCACCACAACCACCACCUUCUACACUAGAUUACCUGGAAUCCCAACAAGUUAUUUCAGAUGUUGCUCAGCAGAACCUGCAACGGCAAAAUGCCAUACUUGCAUUUUGCUUUACGUCUACAAUAGAGAUAUCUCUCCAGUUUGCAAAAACCUAAUCCAAACUAUCCCUUCCCCUCAGUUUGGUUUCUUUUGCAAUCUUGCUUACCUUUGCCCUUCUCUCGAUUGCAAAGAUGGUCAGCAGGGAGCUUUCCAAGGUAUCACGAGUGUUGGAGAAUGUUGCAUUUCUCAUUGCUACAGCUACAUUCUGCUACACCACCACAACUCCCUUCCCUGUUGGCUUCAAAAUCUAACCAAUCAAGGCUGGAUAUCAUCUGCAAUCUCUGCAUCUUGGUCAUUGAUGGUUGGCUUCAUCUUCAUGAUAUCCAAACUAUAUGUAAAACUUGAUAUAGCCGAGCAAUAUAUCCGAGCCGCCCUUCUUAUCAAGUUCUACAUCUGAGCUCCGAGUAUUGCUGACUUGAGCGUUGGAGUGUUUUCCCCGAGGAAACAACCUCGGGAUUUUCAGGUGUGGAAGCAGCUGAAGACUUCAACAGUGUUGGAUUGUGAAGCUGCCCAAACAUUUGGAGGUCGCCCUCCAAGGAAUGAGAUGGACGAACAGGAGGACGCCCAAGUAUCUGAGCCCGGCAUGAAUGACUUUAGGCCGAUGCCAAGAAACCUUUUCGUCGGGGGAGUAGAACAGGAUCACCUAAGCGAAACGGAUGAUGAUGAAAGAACACCAACGGGGUAUGCAACCCAGCCUGAACAGUUCCAAAUUCCAACAGGAACAAGAUCAAAACCUUCUAGACCGUACAAUUCACAGCGUGAACGACCUGAAAGGUCAACAGAACCUGCUCGGACAACCGAGCUCGAAGAGAGAACCAGAAUUCUGGAAAUGGCAAUGGGUAAAAUCCUUGCCCGCCUGAUUCCGGACGACCCCCUGAUUCCUUUGUUGAAUAGGGAUGCACAACCAGCUACGGUUGUUGCAACUCGAAACUCCCCUGCUCUAAGCAACGUAGUGCUGCCGACCAGGCCAAGGGGAAGUGGGAAGUUGAAUAACGAGCCCAGCUCGUCCAAGCAUAGUGAGGAAUUGAUGAGAAAAAACGCAGACCUUGAAAGGCAGCUGCGGGACGUACAUAAGUCCAUUGACGAGCUGAAAAGUCCCAGGUUGCACCAACAAAACCUUGAUUUGGAUAGUGCUCCAUUGAACUUAUCCAUCACAGCAGAACCAUAUCAAGAGGGAUUCAAGAUUCCCCACCUGGAGACAUAUGAUGGCUCGGGUGACCCAGAUGAACACCUGCACACCUAUCAAGCCAUCAUGAGAAUCCAAAAUGCCAAUGAUGCCAUGAUGUGCAAAGUGUUCCCAGCGACACUGAAAUCAACAGCCAGGAGAUGGUAUCACAAGCUCCCCAGACAUUCUAUAGACUCAUACUCCCAGCUUGCCAAGCUAUUUUCUAACAAAUUCGCGAGCCAGAGGGAGAUCAAACGCACAGCAACCGAGCUGAUGCAAGUUAAUCAAAAAGAAGGGGAAUCUCUAAGGGACUACAUGCAGUUCCUGGACGACCUCCUAGAAAACCCACCGAGGACUUGGAACGAAGUGACAGGUCGGCUAGCUUCAUAUUAUCAGAAGACUUCCAGUCAUCCAAGCGAUGAGCUGACGAUAAGCAGAGCAAAAGCCAGGAACAGCCAUCGAGAAGGGAAGAGAAGAAGAAACAGAAAGUCCCAAAUCCUGGCGCAAAUACAACAUUGGGUUAGAAGACCCCCACCCCCACUGUAUGAGUCCCCAAGGGCGGACAAGAGCAAGCAUUGUGACUAUCAUCGUACUUACGAUCACAACACAGAAGACUGCCAACAUCUGAAGGACGAGCUAGAGUUCCUAGCUCGCAAUGGGAAAUUAGAAGGAUAUGUUCAGAAGCCCCACACCCAGCAACCCACUCAAACUCAUUUUGUACAGGGGUAUGGCCGACCUCAGGGGCAGAGGUACCAGCUCGGCGUGGCGCAGGAUGUAUAUCAGGACAAUACAUAUCCUUCAGAGCAGGGCAGGGUGUACAGAGGGCGUCCGUUCAACAGGACAGGACAGGGGCAGAGGGUUGCUGCCCAGAACCAAAAGGAUAAGAAAGGGGUAGGCUAUGCUGGGAUACCCCCGCCCUCGGGUACAAUAAACAUGAUAUCAGGUGGUGUUCAUUCGGGGGGCCAAAGUGCCCGAGCUCGCAAGGCAUAUGCCCGACAAGUGAUGACUGUCAACAAAAAUAGACCCUUGAAGCGGCCGUUUGAGGAAGCAGAAUGGGAGAAUAUGCCUAUCACAUUCAGCCCGGCAGAUUACAAGCGAGCAGAAGGAGAGCCUGACAUUAUGAUGCCCCAUGCAAAUCCCUUUGUGGCAACGGUUCAUAUAGGCAAUCAUAAUGUCAAUAAAGUGUUCAUUGACACUGGCAGGAAAUUCCUAGGGUACGUGGUAUCCAAGAAAGGAAUCGAAGUAAACCCAGAGAAGGUCCAGGCCGUUCAGCAGAUGGAGCCUCCCAAGACUGUAAAAGAUGUACAGCGUCUGACAGGUCGGGUAGCUGCGUUGCACAGGUUUAUAGCCAGGUCGGCAGAAAGGUGCCUUCCGUUCUUCAAAGCUCUGUGGGAGCCUAAAAACUUUCAGUGGACUGGUGAAUGUCAACAGGCGUUUGACGAGCUCAAACAGUAUUUGGCAUCCGCACCCCUGCUAUCCAAGCCUGUCGACGAGGAAUGUUUAUAUCUUUAUCUGGGGGUCACAGAAGAAGAGGUGAGUUCAGUGCUGCUAAGGGAAGAGAAUAAGAGCCAGAAGCCUAUCUGCUAUGUGAGCAAGGUGUUACAAGGUGCCGAGCAGAACUACCCGCUAGCAGAAAAGGCUGCUUUUGCUUUGGUCUACACGGCUCGUAAGCUGAGAGCUUAUUUUCAGUCUCAUCAAAUCGUUGCCUAUACCGAUUUACCAUUGAGGAAAAUACUGCAGAAACCUGAACUCUCUGGUCAGCUUAUUGGAUGGAGAGUCGAGCUGAGUGAAUAUGACCUGAAAUUUCGGCCGCGCACAACCAUAAAAGGCCAGGCCGUUGCGGACUUUCUGGUGGAGUGCACCUCAAGAACUAAAGAAGAAAAAGCACCCAAACACCCAGUCUGGGUUUUGUAUGUUGAUGGAGUAGCCAACAUUGAAGGGUCGGGUGCUGGGGCUGUGUUACUGGGCCCAGAUGGCUUUAAAUCUGAGCACGCACUGAGGUUUAAGUUUCAGACGACCAAUAACGCUGCAGAAUAUGAAGCCUUCAUUUACGGACUAAAGCUGGCGUCCGAGCUGAAAGUACAAAGCAUUCAGGUUUUCAGUGACUCACAGCUCGUAGUGGGCCAGGUGAAUGGCAGCUGCGACAUCAGGGAUCCCCAGCUCAGUCGUUAUGCCUCUGUGGUCAACAGAUUGAAAUCGAUAUUUGCCCUUUUCCAAAUUGAUAAAAUACCAAGAGCAGACAACCACCGAGCUGACGAGCUGUCAAAGUUGGCCUCCUCGCAAGACAUUAACCCUCAAAGAUCAAUGAUUGUCGAGCUCAUCAAGCUACCUGAAGACCAGUCCGCUGCAAAAGUGAUUAAAUGUAGGGCGGCACAUUUCACUGUGUUAGAUAACCAGUUCUACAAGCAAGCAGCCUCAAUGCCCCUAUUACGCUGGCUUACUCCUUACGAAGCUGAAUACGCCAUUAGAGAAAUUCACGAGGGAGUAUGUGACACGCACAUCGGUGGUAGAACUUUAGCUCGGAAACUCCUGAGGCACGGUUAUUACUGGCCCACUAUGGUCGAGGACGCACAGAACUAUGUCAAAAGGUGCCCGACCUGCCAGUUCAAUGCCGACGAUAUUCAUAUGCCAGGUAUCCGAGCUCGUUCUAAACCCUUUGCUCAAUGGGGUGUUGACCUGCUCGACCUUUUCAUCAAAGGCAAAGGAGGCUGCAUUUUCCUUGUCAUUGCAGUGGAUUACUUCACUAAGUGGAUAGAAGCCAAACCACUGUCUACGACAACAGAAAGAAAAAUAGAAGAAUUCUUGUUCAAUUCAAUAUUGUGCAGGUUCGGCAUACCUAAGCGGAUUAUCGCCGACAAUGGGCCACAGUACCGAGCAGCAGCACUGAGAUCGUUUUGUAACGACUAUGGCAUUGAGCUCGCCUUGACAUCUGUGUACACUCCACAGUCCAAUGGGCAAGCCGAGUCCGCCAAUAAAAUCAUCUUGCGGGGACUCAAGACGCGUGUUUUGGUUGCACAUACUAAUUGGGUUGACGAGCUCAAUAAAGUGCUGUGGUCAUGUCGUACUACACCCAGCUCGGCCACAGGCGAAACCCCGUUCAGUCUGGCAUACGGAGCUGAGGUUGUUAUCCCCGUCGAGAUUGGAUUGCCAUCCGAUAGAUCAAAUCGUCAUGAUGAUCAGAAUAAUGAACAGCUCUUAAGAGAAAACCUAGACCUUGUGGAAGAAAUCAGGGAGAUGUCCCGAAUAAGAAACAUGGCACAUCAAAGUCGUGUUGCAAAAUUUUACAAUAAAAGAGUUCGAGCUCGCCAGUUUCAAGUCGGCGAUCUAGUCCUACGUAAAGCUGGGUUAACUAACACCCAUUUGCACAUGGGCAAGCUCGCUCCUAAUUGGGAAGGCCCCUAUAUGGUUGUUCAAGUUAAACGACCUGGUUCUUCCAUGUUAGCAGAUAUGCAGGGACGUCAGUUGCCUUACAUUUGGAACGUACAGAAUCUUAGAAAAUUUUACAAUUAAUCUGUAUACUAUUCUUUUAUUCCAG